AUGUUAAGUCCGCAUACCUUCUUGCUAGGUAUAUUGUUCCACGAUAACGUCUUCCGCGCUCCUAGGAUUCGCUCUAUAGGUGAUCUGAGGUGUCUAUUUUUAGAGGAGAUACUACUUAAGUCUGAAAAGUCUGAGAACUAUAUGUUCUACAAAAUUGAAGGGAUCAAAGGCCAAAUAAAAUACUAUCGUGAUCAACCCAUCUCGAAAAGUUCUCCAUCCAGCCAAUUUCAAACGUUCGGAGAAAUCACUGGCUUCAAAUAG